CCGCGUCCCGUCAAUUUUAAAACGUCUGUGCGCGUUGCGUCCGCUCGCGCGUUUCGUAAAGUGCCGAAAGAAAAUACAAAUAAAAAAUUAAUUUACUUUACAUUAUAACUUUACAAACAACAUCGAUUGUUAUCCUAAUUUUCAAACGUGAAAAUGUCUGUGAUAGGAAAAGUGCUUGUGCCUAAUGUAUCGGCUAUAAAAUUUGGAAAAAUAAGCACGUCAUUGUUAUCUGUGAAAUAUAAUCGUAGUUAUUUUACGUAUACACAAGAAUUGUCCCAGCCUUUGGAUAGGAAACCUGAAUUUGUGACCGCAAAGGAGGCGUUCGAAAAAUGUUUAAAAUCUGGCCAAACAGUAUUCGCGCAAGGCGCAGCGGCGACCCCCGUUCCCCUGCUCAACGCAAUGACAGACGUGGGUAAAGCUGGAUCCAUGAAGGACAUUAAGGUGGUCCACAUGCACACGGAGAUGGAGGCGAAAUACGUGGCUCCAGAGUGCAAGGAUAUCUUCAGAUCGGUAUCGCUAUUCAUGGCGGCUAACGUAAGAAAAUCAGUUGCGGAAGGCAGAUCUGAUGCUAUCCCCAUCUUCCUGCAAGAUAUUCCCAAGCUGUUCCACAGAAAGAUCAUUCAGCCUGACAUUGCUGUUAUCCAGGUAUCACCCCCAGACCAGCACGGCUACUGCAGUUUGGGUACCUCUGUCGACUGCGUUAGAUCCGCUCUCGUUAAUUCCAAAACUAUUAUUGCACAAAUCAACACACACAUGCCUCGUACCUUCGGAGACGCUAUCAUCCACGUAUCUCACGUGGACUACGCUGUAGUGGAUAACACUCCUCUACCAGAACAUGGCGGGAAGCCACCAAGUGCUGAAGAGACCAAGAUCGGACAGCUUAUUGGAGAUAACCUGGUGGAAGAUGGGGCUACCUUGCAGAUGGGUAUCGGCAACAUCCCGGAUGCUGUGUUAUCAUCUCUAAAGAACCACAAAGACUUGGGUAUUCACUCGGAGAUGUUCAGUGUUGGUGUCGUCGAUCUUGUGAAGAGGGGUUGCGUCACCAAUAACAAGAAGAAAACCCACAGAGGCCGUAUUGUAGGAAGUUUCUUGGUUGGCAACAGGGAGCUGUACGACUUUGUUGAUAACAACCCCUUCAUUGAAAUGUUAGAGAUAGACUACGUGAACAACACGCACAUAGUGUCUCAACUGCCCACCAUGACAGCUAUCAACUCGUGUAUCGAAGUUGACAUCACCGGCCAAGUGUGUGCCGACUCUAUUGGUACCCGCAUGUACUCGGGUUUCGGUGGGCAAGUGGACUUCAUUCGCGGCGCGGCCGAGUCGCUGGACGGACGUGGGAAGCCGAUCAUUGCCAUUGUGUCCGCUACUAAGAAGGGGGAGACCAAAAUCGUACCUACACUUAAAGUUGGUGCCGGAGUGGUGACAACCCGUGCGCACGUACACUACGUGGUCACCGAGCAGGGUAUAGCCUACUUGUUCGGCAAAACAUUACGCCAAAGAGCAUAUGAACUCAUCAAGAUUGCUCACCCUGACCACCGCGAAGCCUUGGAGAAAGCAGCCUUCGAACGUCUUCAGUGCAUGCCUGCGCCUUAAAUAAUGAAAAAGGAAUAUAAAAAACGUCAAGUGAAACUUCUUUGGCAAGAUUAUAAAAAAAAAAAAUCGUCGCUUUACUCCAUGACGUGACGGUAUUGCCAUGACGCGACCUUGAAAUUUUACUCUCAACACGCCUAGAAGUUUCACUUAAAAAAACAACUGUCAUCGUAUUCGUAGAGCGUACCGUAUUCUAUUUUCAAAAUUUUAGGUUAUCUGUUGAAAUGUCAAAGUCAAACGUCAUUUGUUGAAUGAAUGUUGCCAGUAGACAAUAUUGCAAUUUCACUGCCCAUUUUUACAAGGCGCGAAUAGAACAUAAUAAUAUAUGCAAUGUUACAUAUAAAUAUAAUAAUUUUUUAACUUUAUUUAAUACUGAUUUUUUUUUGUACUGUAAUACGUUUUUUGUGUAUUCAAAAAUUUUUGAUACUGUGCAAGUGCUUUUUUGCUUAUUAACUGUUACCACUGGCGUAUAAUAUUAAAAAACGAAUUUAUUUUUUAUUUAUAUAUUUUUUUGUAAAAAAAACUGUAGAAAAUUCCAUCUCUAUGCAUUUGACUUUUUUAUUAUUAUUUUAUGUACGUUAGUAUUUUUUGCUAAGUGUAAGUAAACCUGUAGUCGUUAUUAUAAAAGGCCUUGUAUUGUUUCUGUAAGAUCAAAGUCAAACCUAUUAUAUAAUGUAACGAAAUAUAUGAAUAUUAUAGAUUA